AUGGCGACGUCGACCGAGAAGGUGAAGUUCGACACCGGAGCGGCGGCGGCGCCCAAACAAGAGCCGUCGUGGGAGUACCACCUGCGGAAGUACCUGAUGCUGCUGGCCACGCUGGUGGCCACGGCGACGUACGCGGCGGGGCUCAGCCCGCCCGGGGGAGUCUGGCAGGAGUCCGGCCUCGACGGAGAAGGACGCUCCCACGAGGCCGGCGACCCGGUCCUCUACCACUCUCCGCGGUACCUCGCCUUCUUCUACUUCAACGCGACCGCCUUCGCGGCGUCGCUCGUCGUCAACCUCCUCCUCCUCGUGCUCAACGAGAGGCGGACGGCGUGGCUCGCCGUGCUCCGGUUCGUCAUGGUGCUGGACCUGCUCGGCCUCAUGGGGGCCUUCGCCACCGGGAGCUGCGAGGACCUGCCGACCACCGUGUACGUCUCCACGCUGGUCGUCGCCCUCGCCGCCUACGUCGGCAUCCACAUCCUCCUGGCCACCUACGCGCCACCGGAGGCCGGCGAGACCUCCCCCUCGCAAGUGGUGGUGCGCGAGAAGGAGAGCCCGGAUGACGCGCUCAAGCUCAAAGAGCAGCGCAAGGUGCUGCUGCUGCUCGCGACGUUCGCGACCGGCAUCUCGUACGCUGCCGGACUGAACCCGCCCGGUGGCUUCCUUGGCGAAGCCGAGGGCAGACACGAAGCUGGCGACCCGAUGCUGAAGGUCCACCAGUCGGCUCGUCUGAUGGCCUUCUUCUACUGCAACACCACGGCGUUCGUCGCGUCGCUGCUCAUCAUCGUGCUGCUCCUGGGACGACGGCUGCAGAGGUACUACGCGGAUCUGCAGAUGUACGGGUUCAUCCUCGUCGUGCUGCUCGGCCUCCUGGGCGCCUACGCCGCCGGGAGCUCGAGGAAGGCCGACACGACGGCCUACGUCGUCGUGCUCGUCGCCGCGGUCCUCGUGUACAUCCUCCUCGUGAUGGUGGUCAUGGUGCUCGUCCCGGAUCCUCUCAAGAGCAGCGGCUCCUGGCUAAGACUCAAGAGCAUCUCCGCGCGCGCGUCACACUGGCUGCAACAACGCGGGUGCCACCAGAACCAGACCGAUAGUCAAAGCUCAUCGCCGGCGCGUGAGUUGCUGGCAACAUCAGGCGGCGGGUGGCAAGGGAGCCUCGCCAACGAGGUGGACACAGGCAACAAGAACGAAGGCAUCGAGAAGGCCAAAUCUCUGAUCCUGCUGCUCGCCACUCUCGCCGCCACCAUCACUUACCAAGCGGGCAUGGACCCGCCCGGCGGCGUGUGGUCGGACGGCGACCCGGAGGCUGUGCCACCAGGCUACAAGGCCGGCGACCCGAUCCUCCUGUUCAGGCACGCUGCUCGGUACAAGGCGUUCUUCUACUGCAACUCUACCGCGUUCGUCGCGUCCUUGGUCGUCAUCCUCAUGGUCCAGAACAAGAGCCUGAUGAGCGGGCACGCGCUCGAGGUGGCCAUGAUACUGGACCUGUUUGGCCUCAUCGGCGCCUACGCCGCCGGGAGCUGCCGCGACGUGAGCACCUCCAUCUACGUGGUCGCCUUGGCGGGCGCCGUCCUGGUGUACGUGGUGAUCCAUGUCGUCUUCUUCACCCUCGACAACGAGGACCUGAGCGACGAGGAGAAGAGAAGGAUCGACAAGCGGCGCAAGCGGCUGCUGCUCCUGGCCAUCCUGGUGGCCACCAUCACCUACCAGGCCGGGCUCACCCCGCCGGGAGGCUUCUGGACCAAAGAUGGCCCCAAAUACAGUGCGGGUUCCCCAGUCCUCGAAGACCACGACGAAUACCGGAGAAGGUACCUGGCGUUCUUCUACUGCAACUCGACGAGCUUCAUGGCGUCCAUCGCACUCAUCGUCAUGCUCGUGAACCCGAACCUGUACCGGCCGGGCAUACGGUGCUACGCGCUCUACGUGUGCAUGGUGGUCGCCCUGUUCGGCCUGAUGGGCGCCUACGCCGCCGGGUGCGCCCGGCAGCUGCGCACGUCCAUCUAUGUCUUCGUGCUCGUCGGCGCGGUCGUCGCCUUCAUAGUCGUGCAGCUGCUUGUGUUCUUCAAGUUCUUCGAAAGCUGCGCCACCCUCGACGGAGAAAACGGCUCCUCCUCUGGGUCAAGCGCCGCCGCAGGCAGCAGCAGUAAGGCAAACACGCCGUCUUCCUCCAGGCCACGACGAAGUAGCUCACCCAAGCCCAGGCCCAGCACGGAGGCGACUUCCAGCCGGCGGAAGUACCUGAUGCUGCUGGCGAUCCUGGCGGCAAGCGUCACCUACCAGGCCGGCCUGAAGCCGCCGGGCGGCGUGUCGGAGCGAUGGGCCACCGCGGGGAACCCGUUGCUGCGCGGGAGCGACCUCGCCCGGUUCCGGGCCUUCUUCUACUGCAACUCCACCUCCUUCGUGGCGUCGGUGGUGGUUAUCGUGCUGCUGCUGCAGGAGUCCCUGCAGGACCACGCCCUGCUGCUCUACGCCAUGAACACGGCGAUCGUGCUGGACCUGCUGGGCCUCCUGGGCGCCUACGCCGCCGGGAGCAGCCGGGAGUGGGACACGUCCGGGUACGUCAUCGCGCUGACCGCCGCCGUGCUCGCCUACGUCGGCAUCCACCUCGUGCUCUGGAUGCUGGGCGGCCGGAGAGGCCGAGGGAGAGUGGCCAGUAUCCCGCAGCAACUGCUGCCCGCUGAGCCAAAAGAAACAAGGAGAUGUUCGUCCUCCCCGUGCUGA